AUGCUCGCCCUCUUCCGCAACAGCCUGCCACGCGCAGCAACCCGCGCAUUCUCCACGACGGCCGCCCGCCCACUCGCAAAGAUGCAGAUCAUUGGCCGUCUCGCCGAUACGCCUGAGCUCUUCGACACCGCAUCUGGCAAGCAGAUUGUGCGAUAUGCCCUUGGUGUCAGCGCGGGUCCACGAGAUGAGCAGGGUAACCGAAGCACAAGCUGGUUUAGAGUCGCAAGCUUCAUGCAGGAGGGCCCUCAGCGAGAAUUGCUGUUGAGCUUGCCAAAGGGAUCGCAGCUGUAUGUUGAGGCGGAGGCACGAAUGGACUCCUACGAGACGGAGGAUGGUCAGAAGCGUACUGCGCUCAACCUCUUGCAGCGCAGCUUCGAAACCCUCUCCAGCAAGCCUCGCGACGGGUCCGCAGAGGGUAGCGAGUAG